AUGACUUCCAAGGUGAUCAACGCAGCCAAGCUGCUUAGCAAGAGGUCCCAUCUCAUAGGGCAAUUCCAUGUCUCGGAACUCUUCUUCGAGGUCCCGAAAGACUACAACAAUCAGUCUGCAGGCGUCCUCAAGCUCUUUGGCAGGAGUGUCACCAAACACGAGAGACCGAUCGUUCCCCCAACGGAGUCUGAAAAGAAGCUAGCUGAGCAAAAACCAUGGAUGGUUUUCCUGCAGGGCGGCCCUGGCUUUGGCAACCCAGAACCCCAAGACAGCCCGAUCACCCAUACCGCCUUGGAACGGGGAUAUCAGGUGCUGUUCCUCGAUUACAGAGGCGUCGGUCUCAGCUCCCCUGUCUCGGCCGCCACACUGGCACUUCACGGCGAUGCCCAGAAGCAGGCGGAUCACCUUAAGCUGCUUCGUCAAGACAACAUCGUCAAAGACUGCGAGGCUGUGAGAGCUUAUCUUACCAAGGACUUCCCCGAGGAGAAAAAGAAGUGGUCUCUGUUUGGACAGUCUUUUGGCGGAUUCGUCAUUCUGACAUACCUGUCCAAAUAUCCAGAGGCCUUGCGGGAGUGUUUCCUCACUGGCGGUCUUGCACCGGUCGGCAAGAAACCUGAGCAGGUCUACGAAGCUACCUUUAAGAAGGUCGCGGAGAGAAACCAGGCAUACUAUGCAAAGUACUCUGAAGACGUCGAGAAUGUCCAUCAGGUGGCCCGGUUCAUCCAGGAGAAGAAGAAAGUCUCCCUCCCGGGUGGUGGCCUCCUUACCGUCCCGAGACUGCUCACCCUAGGAAUCGCCUUCGGUGGCCACGGUGGGCUUGACUCUGUUCACAGCAUCAUUUUCAAGCUGAAGACGGACCUCGACAACUUUGGCUUUUUUACCCGUUCAACCCUUGCAGACGUCGAGAAUGCCACCGGAUUCGAUAACAAUAUCAUCUACGCCAUUUUGCACGAACACAUCUACUGCGAGAAGCCGGGAUGGGCCUCCAACUGGGCGGCCUACAGGGUCGGCAAGUCUUUGGAGCAGUUCUCCUGGCUUGCGAAUGAACCUACGAUUUCCGAAAUCACGGCCCCUCCUCUUUACUUCUCUGGAGAGAUGAUUUUCCCUCUACACUUCGAGACAUACCCAGAGCUGAUCGAACUCCGCGAGGUGGCGGAGAUUCUUGCUCAGUUUGACGGUUGGCCGGAGGAUCUGUAUGAUCACGACCAGCUCAGCAAGAAUGAAGUCCCCGUAUACGCAGCUAGCUACAUUGACGACAUGUACGUCGACUCUCAGUUCGCCAGAGAAACAGCUGCCCUAGUCAAGGGUACCAAAGUGUACGAGACGAACCAGCUGUAUCACUCAGCACUGCGUUCCAGGACGGAAGACGUGAUGAGAGAGCUCUUCAAGCUGAGGGAUAACCCCAUUGACUAG